UCCUCGUCGCAACUCUCUCAAGUCUUAACUUCACCAACCUAACCCCUGGCUCGUCUUUCAAUUAUAUAAAUCUCAUUUCCAAUUACGUUCUCAGUCAACCCUCUGUCCCUCUCCUUCUCUUACUCUCCCUGCCUCUAAACCCAUAUACCUUGUGACUUGUGAGAGAUACAGAGUAAGAGCCAGUUAAGGUUGACUUGUGAGAUUGAUCCCACACCAUGUCUGACAUUGUCAACGAGGCUUGGAGGAAAUAUCUCCUGCAGCUCCAACUCCACCCUCUUAGAACCAAGGCAAUUACAUCUGGGGUUUUAGCUGGGUGUAGUGAUGCGGUUGCCCAAAAGAUUUCUGGGAUCAAGAAGCUCCAAUUAAGAAGAUUACUCCUUGUCAUGCUCUAUGGAUUUGCUUAUGGAGGACCUUUUGGGCACUUCCUCCACAAGUUGAUGGAUAAAAUUUUCAAGGGGAAAAAGGGCAACAAAACUGUUGCAAAGAAGGUGUUACUGGAACAGUUAACUUCCUCUCCUUGGAACAACCUUUUCUUCAUGAUGUACUAUGGCUUGGUGGUCGAAGGAAGACCAUGGGGUUUAGUGAAGAGCAAAGUUCGAAAGGACUACCCCUCUAUUCAGUUGACUGCAUGGAAGUUUUGGCCUAUAGUCGCUUGGGUGAAUUACCAAUACAUGCCUUUGCAAUUCCGUGUUCUAUUUCACAGCUUUGUCGCCUCAUGCUGGGCAAUCUUUCUGAAUCUGAAAGCAAGAACUGUUGCAACUAAGAAGGCCUAGAAUGGAGAAGCUCUGUUUUUUUUCUUCAUCUUCUUCUUUUUGAAAUGCCCCCUGAAUUACUUUUCCUUUGCAUAAUUGACUUCUUGUGUUAGUAUUAUAUAUUGGCAUUCCCAUUUGUGCUUGAAUGCCAUAUUAGCUUGUUAAGGAUUAUAGCAAAUACAAAACUGGUUCAUUGAAUUUUGUGUCGGGUUAUGUUAGUGUCGAAGUAUGGGUAUAACUGUAUAAGACUAUAUAGUUUAAUCUUAAUAUAACCUGUUUAAUUAAACGA